AUGAGUUCAAGUAGUACUAACAAAGGAAGCAAUAAUCUAGCUAAUUCUAUGAAUGAGAAAGAUAUUCUCAAAGAAGUUGCUUUAGACCGCAUAGUUUAAUUAAAUUUUAAUGAAGAAACCUUGAAAAGAAACUUUGAAAUCAUCAUUAAAUAUUUAAGAAUGUUGAAAGAUGGCCAUCUAAAUACUCAAAACGAGUUAGAUGACAUCAGAGCAAAAAUGGAAAAAUAAUAAUAAGAAAAUCUAGAACUGUUGAAAAAAAAUUAAUAAAAUGAUUUGAUAAAGAAUGAACUCUAAUAAAUGAAAGACGCAAUUAAAGAGAAUGAAAAAAAUCUUGCAUCAGUACAAAACGAUAAUCAAAAACUAAAAGAAGACAAUCAAAAAGCUAAAGAAGAAAAUAACUAGCUGAGGGAAAAUAUAGAAAAGCUUAAAGAAACACUUGGCUUCCUCAAAGAAAAAUUGGAAAAAUUUGGAAACACAGAGUAAUUGGAACAUAAAUUUGAUCAAAAACUUGAAUAAAAGCUCAUAAUGCUCAAGGAACUAUAAAGAUAAAUGAAUGACUUGAACGAUCGUCUCAAAUUACUUGAAAAUAAGGGAAAUUUAUCAGCUAAAAGCGAUCUGGACUCUAUGUAAUAGGAUUUGCUAGGUUUAAAAUUGAGAUUAAACAAAUUAAAUGGGCUAGUCAUUUAAGAUGGAGAUAAGGCCGAGCUCCAUUAAUUCAUACAAAGUGGAAGCUCUUAAAACUUAAGUUAACCAGAAAGAAUUGAAGAGAUGGAAAAAAAUAUGAAACAAGUUAUUCAAGAUAUGUAAGAAUCUGUGAUUAAUGCUCUUGGAUCGAAGAAACUCCAAUAAAAAAAGGAUGAAAACACAGUAAAAUAAGAAAGAGAAUUAGAAGAUAUUAAAAAUGACCUUAAAUAUUUAGAAAAAGCCUUUCAAAAAACAGCUAAUAUAAAUAAAACAGAUGAUAAAUUGGUUGCAAGAUAAAGAGAAAUUGAAGAACUCAAAAGAAUAAUGGGAGAUUAUUAAGAUACGAAAUAUAAAUUUGAAGGAGGAUCAGGAAAUAAUGGAGGAGCUGCUAAUGCAAGCUUAAUUGAUGACAAAAUGAAUAAAAUGAGAAAAGAACUAAUGGCUUUGCUUAAAGGCUUAAAAGAAGAGUUAAAUACGAAGGCUGAUAAAACUGACUUGCUUAAAUUAGAAGAAUACUUAAAUAACAAACUUAGAGAAAUGGAUGCUCUUUAUAAUGAGAAAUUUGCAAAUAAGGAAGACACUCUUCAAGCUCUUUCUUUCUUAGAAAAGAAAAUCAAUAACUUAUAUCAAAUCAUUAAAUAAUAAAAUAAACCUUUAUAAGAAGAUGGCCUUAUUGUCAGAAGACCUUUAUGGAGUUGCAUUGUAUGCGACAAAGGAUAAUAAAACUAUAAUGCUAAAUUAGGAAAGCAUAAAGUUUGGAAUAAUUUCCCAGUUCCUAAAGAUAAUUCUCCAGAAAGAGCAAAUGGAAAGUUUGCUAAGGGAUACAGAAACAUGUAAGAAACUGCAAAACAAAGAAAUCAAUUCAAGUUCUAAUCAGCUACGAUGGCAAGUCAUAAUGCCUCACCUGACAGCUCUCCUGGAAGAUAAAAUUCGAUCGAAGGACCUAACUCUUACACUAAUCCAUACAUCAGUGAUCAAGAUUUUAAAACACCUGAUAAACUCCCUCCUGUUAAUGAUUAACAUUCUUUGUAACUUACUGCUAGAAACCAAAGAAGCAGAUCAAAUAACCUAUCAACAUAUAAUUGA